AUGUCGGCUAUAACAAUCUCGUGUCAAGAUUACCAAGAUUUGAUUGAUCGCGGCUGGAGGCGGUCUGGAAAGUAUCUCUACAAGCCAAAUCUAGCUGAAAGACUGGAUGUCAACAAAUAUCAACAAUCCAAAUCACACAAGAAGGCAUUGCGCAAAGUUCACAAGUAUUUGUAUGAAGAUGUACAAGAGGCUACUGCAGAAGAUGAAUACGGCAACCCCAUCAAGAAGGAGGACGACAAGGUGGAAGCGAAGCCCGUGGAAGAAGUCAUGCUUGUUGUCGCAGAGACGUCGUCAGGGGGCAAGAAACGUAAAAGUUCUAGUAUCAACCAACAACAAGAACGCAAGAAGAAACCGAUACCCAUGAAUGCCAGAUCACUGCUUGAGGACAAUGAGAUCAACGGUGAUGCACAUACACUGAAGGUGGUGUUAUCACACGCAGCGUUCGAAAUGGACACAUAUCAACUAUACCGAAAGUACCAAAUCGCCAUACAUAAAGACGAACCAUCUAAAUUGACUGAAAGUUCGUUCAAUAACUUCUUAGUCGAGUCGCCUAUCAAGUUUGAGCCACCAGCAUCACCAAGCUUGCCAGGAUACGGUAGCUUCCACCAGAAAUACUACCUUGAUGACACAUUAAUUGCAGUUGCAGUCAUUGAUAUACUCCCGUCUUGUGUAUCCUCCGUCUAUCUGAUGUAUGAUCCAGAUUAUGCAUUCCUUGGUGUGGGGAUUUACAGUGCAGUACGAGAGUUGGCAUUUGCCAAGACUAUGCAUGCUAGUUUGCCUGAUCUGCAUUAUUAUUACAUGGGUUUCUAUAUACAUACAUGCACGAAAAUGAGAUACAAGGGUAAUUAUCGACCGUCGGAUUUGCUGUGUCCGGAUCAAUUCGUAUGGGUACCACUAGACAGAUGUCUACCCGAACUGGAAAAGACAAAGUAUGUCAAACUAUCGACUUUAUUAACUGCAGAAGAAAUGGCUGCUCAGACACCACAACCAUUGGAUGCACCAAUAUUGGAUGAUGAUGUGGAUAGAAUCAAACUGAUGGUUAAGGGACAUGGUGUGCUUCUGCUUGGGCACACGAAUAUCAGAGAUAUUAAGGAGUAUAGGAAAAUGUUUACGGAAGCACUUAAGCUGCUUGGACCUGCUGUUUCGAGAAGGUUGAUUGUGCAAUCUUGA